AUGAUGAUGAAUAUGACCAAGACUAUGAGUCUUCGUCUUAUGAAUAGACAAUACUCUUCUACUUCAUUGCUUUCUUCGCCAGCUAGAUCUAACGACAAGUGGUUAAACCAAAAGAGAUUUACUAGCACUUCUGUCAAGCAAGAAGAUGAAUUAUUAGUGGCACAAAGAGGUAAGAGACCUAACUCCCCACAUCUAACUAUCUACCAACCACAAUUAACUUGGUACUUAUCCUCUGUUAACCGUAUUUCCUGUUGUAUCUUAGGGUUUUCCUUCUACUUCUUAACCAUGAUUAUUGGGUUUGGUGCAUUAUUGGGAUAUGAUGUUAAUUCUAAGAAGAUCAAGGAAUUCUAUGACAAACAUUUCAAUAAUAUCUUUGUGAAAGGUGCCUUUGCUUAUUUGUUUGCCUUCCAAUUGUUCGGUACUUUAAGACAUUUGACUUGGGAUAUGGGCUACCAAUUGACUUUGAAAGGUGUAUAUAGAACUGGUUAUUCUGUCAUCGCCUGUGGUACAUUAUUGGGUACCUAUCUAUGGUUAUUCUAA